AUGUUGACAACAACAAAUCACAAAGCAGAAGCAGCAACAACUGAAGAAGAAGACAAUCAACUAACACAAGUACUUCUCACCUCAGACUGCGUCGAUCCAACCACCACCGCUGACCCUCACCAUCACAAUUAUCCCUCAAAAAGAGCUGGGACGAUAUGGACGGCGACGGCACACAUAAUUACCGGAGUGAUCGGUGCCGGAGUAUUGUCACUUGCAUGGAGCAUCGGCCAACUGGGUUGGGUUGCCGGUCCGUUAGCCAUUUUAGUCUUCGCCGGGAUCACGGUGGUUUCCUCCCUCCUCCUCUGCGAUUGCUACAUGUCGCCGGAUUCCAACUUUGGUCCUUUCCGACAUCCUUCCUUAACCGAAGCCGUCAAUUUCUACUUAGGGAAGAGGAUGGAAAGCAUAUGUAAAUUUUUGGUGGUGGAAGGCUUAUAUGGAACCGGGGUUGCGUACACCAUCACAACAAGUAAAAGUAUUAGUGCAAUACAGAAAUCAAACUGUUACCACAGAAAUGGGCAUAAUGCCAAUUGCAGCCAUGAUACUUCUAAAUUCAUGCUAUUGUUUGGGGCUGUCCAAAUUGUAAUGUCUCAAAUUCCAGAUUUCCAUAACAUGGCUUGGCUCUCUAUCAUUGCUGCUGUUAUGUCCUUCUCCUACGCUUUCAUUGCCUUAGGACUUGGCCUCGCAAAAGUUAUCGAAAAUGGGAAGGUUUUGGGCAGUAUGACUGGUAUUCCAACAGCAAAUACAACAGAUAAGUUAUGGUUAGUCUGCCAGGCACUUGGAGAUAUUGCAUUUGCAUAUCCCUAUUCUGUAAUCCUUCUUGAAAUUCAGGAUACAUUGAAGUCACCUCCAUCUGAAAGUAAAACCAUGAAGAAAUCUUCAAGUGCUUCAAUCAUCAUAACGACAUUCUUCUACCUUUGUUGUGGAUGCUUCGGAUAUGCAGCCUUUGGUGACCAAACCCCAGGAAAUCUCCUCACUGGAUUUGGCUUCUAUGAGCCAUAUUGGCUUCUUGAUUUCGCUAAUGCCUGCGUUAUUUUGCACCUCGUUGGUAGCUAUCAGGUGUACAGCCAACCAGUGUUUGCAAUAGUGGAGCAAUGGUUCAAUUCAAACUACCCAAACAGCCAAUUUACAAGGAAUUUUGAAGCGAAGCUGCCAUUGUUACCUAGUUUUGAGCUGAAUAUGUUCAGGUUAUGGUUCAGGAGUGCAUAUGUGUUGUCCAUAACUGGAAUCUCUCUGUUAUUUCCUUACUUCAAUCAAGUACUAGGAUUGUUGGGGGCCUUAAAUUUCUGGUCUGUGGGAAUAUAUUUCCCUGUGGAAAUGUUCAUUAAGCAAAAGAAGGUUGGUAGCUGGAGCAGAAACUGGAUCCUUCUUAGGAUUUUUAGCAUCAUUUGCUUGGUUAUUUCUGUGGCCAGCUUCAUUGGGUCAGUUCAAGGACUCAUUAAUGCCAGACUCAGAUGA